AAAACCACACACAUCAUUGUGGUUUUAUUUAUUAUAAAAUAUACUAAAUAACUAAAUUUUAUUUAUAAACAAAGAAACUAAAACAAAAAAAUGUUACGAAAUCAAGCAAAAAAUAAACCAAUAAUAAAAUUCUUUAUUCCCGCCUCACAAACGCCACAACAAACGAGAUUAAUUCAUGUCCAAAAUCAUGUUCUCUUCAAUAAAAAUACUGUCAUUUUUCGUCAAGGAAAAAUUAUGGGUAAAUUGUUUGGAGAUCGUGUUAGUGGCAGCAAGAAACGUUGGUUUCCCUCUACAGAAUCUUCCCAGCCGGGUGGUAAUAGUGUUAUGUUUAAACAAUCACAAUUUGGCAAAAAACCCAAUGGAGGAGGCAAAAAUGCCACACGUCGCAUGACUGUUUUAAAUAAAUUGUUUAUGAAACAUGUAACAGAUCUCAUGGCCACUGGGGAAAUAUCAGAAACAAUAUUGGGCAAGGGAUUACAAGUGUCGAGAGUGAAAAUUUCCCAGGAUUUUGCUUAUGUUAAUGUAUUUUGGUUGUCAACCGGAGAACCGGGAAAAGAUGCUUUAUUGGAACAUGAACUACAACGUUGCUCGGGUUUGCUAAGACAUGAACUCUCACAGCUGGGACUAAUGGGCGUUGUGCCGCGUAUUAAGUUUGUUAAGGAUAAGUUAUAUACAAAUAUGAAUCAAGUAGAGGCUUUAUUGAGAAAUAUGGAUUUUGGUGCGGAGGAAGAGGAUGAUGAUAAUGAGGGAAAAGAAGAUAUUGAUUAUUUAAAUAAACAUGCGGCAGAAACUAUGAAAGAAGAGUUUUACGGAGCCGUUAAUGUAGAAAAUAAACCCAAAGUGGUGCAAAUUAAAGAAGAAAAUCAGGAAAACUUAGUCAACUUGCCAGAAAUAGAUGCAAAUGUACCCAAAAUGAGACAUGAUGUUUUGGGUUUAGACCAUAAAGGUAUUAUGUUAAAGAUUUUAACAAAAAUGCGUAAAUCUAAACAGGCAUGGGAUCAACAUUUACAAAAUCAAUCAUUGGAAUUAGAUCAAACAACUAGCUCGGCUAUACCGUCUACCUCUUUUGAACAAUUAAACAAAAUCAAUGAAAAAUUAGCCAAAGCGGCGGCUAAUUCUGAGAAAUUUGAAGCUUUUCUAGCUAAACGUAAAGAGAGACGUAAUACUCCGGAACGUAAAAAGUUUCGUGAAUCCGAUCAUCAUAUUUAUGAUGAACAUGCUGGAGAACAAAUCGAUUAUGCCGACAUGGUAUUAAGCUCACGACAGCGUCAGUUAUAUGAGGCUGAAGAUUAUUUGCCGGAGGAGGAAGUGGAGAAUAGGAAACAUAAGUAGUAGUGUUAUUAUUUAGUUACUUAAGAUGAAAUGUUAUUGUAUUUGUUUAUUAAGAAUUUAAUAAAUAUUGUUGUUAAAAAAAAUUAAGGAAAAUCAAUGAUGGAUAAAAUA